CUCCUCCUUCCCCGGCUCCCUCCCACCGCGCCCCCGAGUACCGCAGCCGGGCAGCCAAUCCCAGCCGCGCUCCUGCCCGGCUGCUCAGGGUGGUGGCACGGAGCCCGCAGGCGGCUUGGAGAGCUCGAGCUUUGUGCCCAGCGGCAGCUCCUGCAGAAAGGGACCAAGAUGAACGCAGAGCCCGAGAGGAAGUUUGGCGUGGUGGUGGUUGGCAUCGGCAGAGCUGGCUCCGUGCGGAUCCGGGACUUGCGGAAUCCACACGCUUCCUCGGCGUACCUGAACCUGAUGGGCUUCGUGUCCAGACGAGAGCUGGGGAGCAGUGAUGGGGUGCCGCAGAUUUCUUUGGAAGAUGCUCUUUCCAGUCAAGAGGUUGAGGUUGCUUAUAUCUGCAGUGAGAGCUCCAGCCACGAGGACUACAUCAGACAGUUCCUAAACGCUGGCAAGCACGUCCUUGUGGAAUAUCCCAUGACACUGUCUUGGGCAGCAGCUAAGGAACUGUGGGCACUGGCUGAGCAGAAAGGGAAAGUCCUGCAUGAGGAGCACGUUGAACUCUUGAUGGAGGAGUUUGCAUUCCUGAAAAAAGAAGUGGUGGGGAAGGACCUGCUGAAAGGGUCUCUCCUCUUCACAGCUAGCCCGCUGGAAGAAGAACGGUUUGGCUUCCCCGCAUUCAGUGGCAUCUCUCGCCUGACCUGGCUGGUCUCCCUCUUUGGGGAGCUUUCUCUCGUGUCCGCCACUUUGGAAGAGAGAAAAGAAGAUCAGUAUAUGAAGAUGACCGUGUGCUUAGAGACGGAGAACAAAAGCCCGUUGACGUGGAUUGAAGAGAAGGCGCCUGGCCUAAAGCGAAACAGACAUUUAAGCUUCCAUUUCAAGUCUGGGUCCCUGGAGAAUAUGCCCAACGUAGGCGUCAAUAAGAAUAUUUUCCUGAAGGAUCAAAAUAUAUUUGUCCAGAAACUCCUGGGCCAGUUCUCUGAAGAGGAGCUGGCUGCCGAGAAGAAACGCAUCCUGCACUGCCUGUGGCUGGCGGGAGAGAUCCAGAAACACUGCAGCCCGAAGAAGUGAAGGGAGGGGGCAACACGGCCCUGCCCAGACGAGACCUGAGCCUGAUUUUUAUCAAGAGUUGACCUUCGUCUCUGUUCUUACCAUUAAACGUGUCUUGGGUAAACAGGAUUCGCUUAUUGUCA